UGUCUAUGUGGCCAAAAGGAAAAAUAAGUGUUGUUUGCCCACAUGGGAAGUGCGAGAUUUAUUGUAGAUUAUUAAUAUCUGUACGGUUUUUAUCAAGUAAAGUGAACUAUAAAAUGUAUAUAUUUUUUAGUAGGUGUUUUAAAAUAUCUGUUUAAUUCUGUUUUGUCAAGUUCUUUGAAAAUACUGAUCUGCUGUCUCAUGUUUGUCGGUGUGAUCUGGUUAUGACUGCAUGGUUUCAAAGUUGGAAUUAAUAAUAAAAUAUUGGAUAAGGUUUGUCUACAACUGCCCGUUAGAAUUAAUAUUAUACAAGUUUAAACUCGUAGGUAAUAAUUUUUACCAUUGUCUAUGCUAAUUUUAUUUUGUUCUAUGUUUUAAAUGUCAUCAGUGCCAUGCUUUUAUUGACAAUGAUUAGUGUAUUCGGCACUUUUAACCUCUAAUAUAUUGUUCGUUAUGAAUUUCAAAGAACACGCCUCUAUAGAUUUUAAAGACUCGUAAUCGUUUAUGUUAUUUUCACUGUACUAUUAUUGGUUUUUAUUAAAUAAUAUAAGGUAACAAACUGCUUCACUAUUGUGUUUUGCUUGUGUAUCUCUUCGUUGGUUAAUCAACAUGGCGGCUCAAGUUGCUAAACAGUCGAGUGAUGGCUCUCAAGACAGUGCAGCAGGAGUGUCGUAUGCUAGUGCAGUGCUUAACUUCAAAAAUAUGGAUAAUAACAAAGAGAAUAUCCAUGCUACAACAGUUGGAGCUACAACAAAAGACUCUGUGACAAUAGAAGCACCUGUCAAAAGUAAAACUAUUAGUAAUAAUCCCCAACAAAAACCUGGUAGACAGCCCAACACAUAUGCUACUGCAAGUAGAUCAACUUCAAAUGCUGAGGAUUUUCCACAAAUUAAUUCAGCAAAUGCAAAAAAUGUUAGAAGAAUAGGACAAACAACCAAAAGUGACAGAGAUCAGGUAAACAAACAAAAGACAUCACAAAGUUCAUCUGUUUCUGAUAGUUCUAACAGUGGUACAGAUAGUAGUGAUAAUAAUAAACCUAAUCUUAGUGAGGUAUCAGAAGUUGAAGUCAUAAAUGCUGAUGUGGGAGAAGAAGUUCCUGAGAGGAAAAAGUUUGUUGAGGCACCAUUACCAAAGAUUAAUCCAUGGACUAAAAAUAAAAAUGCUGCUUCUGUGAUAACUGGAAAAUCGGCUGAGUGUAAUUUACCUGCAGCAACACAAACACCUGUACCAGUCCCAGAGAAGCGAGUGCUUCAACCUCAGCAACAAGGAACAGUUGAGAAUGGGUCACAGUCCGUGCCGCAGCCAACCGUAGUGCGAGCACCUAAGGACAGGCGGCGCUACAACCACAAAGCUAGUGACUUCUCAGACACAGACGACUGGCCCACGCUGGGAAAAGCUCUACAACCUCACUCCACAGAGAAGAAGUCGGGGACUGUUAAUCCUGGGACGAUUGGGCCAGUGACUGCAGCUCCGGCGACGGCGGCCCGGGAGAACAAGGAGAGGGAGGUGCGGCAGGUAACGGUGACCAUUGCACCUGCCCUGGCCCAGACCCCCCACCACAACGGCCACCUCCCCCUGAUAGAUGAUGGGCAGGACGUUCAUGAUGCCGACAGACGGAAGAAGAAUGCCAGGCACAAAUGGGUACCACUUGAGAUAGACUUGGCCAAAAGCAGAAAUAAACGAGACAGAUCGCCGAAAAACACACGAGACAGAAAUGGAGAUCAUGGUGAUGUACGGGAGGGUGAGUCGGUUGUGAACGGCAGUGGAGGUGUCUACCGUGAGUGGAGUGUCAGGGGAAGUGGAGGACGUGGGGUACCCAGGCAAGGGGCACGCGGCUCACGCAGUGGUCGUGCAGGUUCACGAGGCCUUCGGAGCUACGGGCGAGGUCGCCAUGACGCAGACUAUCCUGACUACCCCACGGAGUACACUCAGGUAGCGAUAAAUAAAUUUGGAAAUCCAGAUGGAUUCAUGAUGCCUUUCAUGGGCACUUUCUAUUUUGACAGCAGCAGCUAUCGCAACCUGGACGAUCCCACACUCAUGGAGUACAUACGCAAACAGAUAGAAUACUACUUCUGCAAGGAGAAUCUUAUGAAGGACCUAUUUCUGAGACGAAAAAUGGAUGCUGAGGGUUAUCUUCCUGUCACACUUAUAGCCUCCUUCCACAGAGUGCGGGCUCUCACAAUGGACAUCAAUAAGGUGCUGCAAGCAAUUCAGGCUAGCAAGGAAUUGCAGUUGAGUCCGGACAACUUCAAGGUGAGGACAGUCAAUGAUCCAACAAAGUGGCCGAUUCCUGACACGGUGGGCAACCCUCUGAUCAUCUCCCCCCAGCAUCCCCUGUCAAUGCAUCCCUUGGGACCCCCUCUGUUGCAGAUUCCUCCUCUGGCACCCAUGCCUCCUCCCUUGCACAGACCGUUUCCCCACCCUAUAGUUCCACCCCCACCACUUCCCUACACUGCCGGUCCUGCUGACAAUCUCAAUCCUGAUGUGCCGGAGUUCGUCCCAGUAAUACAAUCCGCCACAAACGGUGGAGGUGAGCCUAUCGACGAGUGUGCCGAAGUAUUUGAGGAGUCCACAGAGCCCAAUGAAGAUGAGAAAGUAGUGGAAGCACUGAGUGACAAGACACAGAUAACGGCUGUUGAUAAGACAGAGACGAAUGACGUAGAGAAGAGACAAGAGGCUGAAGUUCCAGAGGACACCACAACCGCCACACUACCAGAGUUGGUUGUCAAUGGUACUACUACAACCGAGGAGGACCUGUGGAAGGAGGUAAAGAGAAGAGUGAAGCCUGUGGGGCCGAAGCAGGAACGUGCUGUUCUCCCUCCUCCAACGCAAGAGAGGGAGGAGUUGGAUUUCCAGUUUGACGAGGAGUUGGAUGUUCCUACUGGUCGUCACAACACAUUCACUGACUGGUCAGAGGACGAGAGUGACGAUUUUGAGUUGAGUGACCACGAGAUCAACAAGUUGUUGAUCGUGACACAGACUGCACAAUCGUCACGUCGCAUCAAGCACGAUGGCCACGAUCGUUCGGGUGACAAAACAUCACGUGUCAAAAUGACCCAAGAUUUGGAGCAAGCCAUCAACAUCGGCCUGCAGUACUAUGAGGACAACUUGUGGACAGAGCAAGACUGGGUGCCCUCGGUCUCUGGCAGCUACAAGACUGUGAAUGUGAUAACUCAGGAGGACUUCGAGAAGAUGGCUCCACGAGCACCACGUAAGGUGAACCCUGAGGUGCCACCUCCCCCUCCUCCCUCUCUCAGCACGGCAGCAGAGUUCCCCACGGAGCAGUUGGACGAAGAGAAACUCCUAGAGAAUGUCAAUUAUGAGGUGGACGAUGACCAGAACGUACGAAGGAGUGGAGCUCAUCAUAGAAAAGCACCACGUUUCUAUGCGGUAAUGAAGGAUCCAGAGAGGCCAGAACAAGGCCGCAAACGGAAAACAAAACACUCCAGUAAUCCUCCUGUGGAACACCACGUGGGUUGGAUAAUGGACAUCCGGGAACACCGACCUCGCACAUCUUCAGUAGGGAGCAGUACAGGUACCAGUCCUAAUGAAGGUUUCCUCUCUGGCAGCAUCCCCAACUCGAUACCAACAUUCCAACAUCCUUCACAUUCUCUACUUAGAGAGAACAAUUUUACACAGCAGGUGUACCACAAGUACCACUCAAGGUGUCUUAAAGAACGGAAGAAGCUCGGCAUAGGACAGUCCCAGGAGAUGAACACACUGUUUCGAUUCUGGUCAUUCUUCCUUCGUGAGAACUUCAACAGGACCAUGUACCAAGAGUUCAAGACUUUGGCAGUUGAAGACGCUAAAUCAGGGUUCAGGUAUGGACUGGAGUGUCUAUUCCGCUACUUCAGCUACGGGCUGGAGAAGAAGUUCAGACCAGAACUCUACAAAGAUUUUCAGACUGAAACAAUCAAUGAUUAUGAGAAUGGUCAACUUUAUGGACUGGAAAAGUUCUGGGCAUUCCUCAAGUACUAUAAGCAUGCUCAGAGGCUUCAAGUUGACCCAAAGCUAAAGGAGUACCUCUCACGCUUCAAAACCAUAGAAGACUUCAGAGUUUAUGAGGCCAGUGAGGAGAUGGAGGGCUACCACUGCAGUGGGCCACUGCGAGGUUGUCCCAUGAAGCGACGCAACCGCUCCGUGUCUGAGAGUGCUACCUGGGAGGCAGGUGCUCACGUGCGGCGAUACAGUAGCGGCGGAGGCACGGCUAUGAGACAGAGGGCUGACUCCACAGGGACUCGCCGCAGAUACGAUUCUAUUGGUGCUGACGGAAAAGUGAGGAACCGAGUGAACUUCGAUUUACCCAAUGACGGCAAGCUUGCCAACACGAAGCAGAAUAUCAUGUCUCCGUCACUAGCGAGAAAGAAGAUGAGUCAGCAGCAGAAAACUCAACCUGCCUCGGUCGACUGAAUCUUCCACCUCUGUACAUACCACUUCCUUCCUAGCCUGUCAGCUUGUUCAGCGUCUUCCAGCCUGCGGGACUCGCACACCACAACCCUUUGCUCCUACCAGCCCAAACUGUCUUUAGUACAAUCGGCACCAGAAAAUAUUGAUUAGAUGCUGAGGAAGUAGAGAUACUAUAUGGUACACUAGAAUAGUAAUAAUAAUAUACAGGGUGUCUGAGGCUUAAAACCUAUUACCGUAUGUACUGUGUUCACAAGAUAUUUUAGCGAAACACAUUUUAAAAUUUAUUUAUAAGCUAUGAUUUUUAAUUACGUCUUUUGAUGCCAUAUAACAGCACUUUUCAAACUGUAGAAUAUUAAUUUGACGUGGAAAGUUGUUUUCCGUGAAUUUUAGUGGAAGUUAACCAAUUACACUAAUGGUCUGUAUGUAUUUACAAGAAAAUCCUGUAAAAGUUCCUAAAUCAACUGUAAUUUUUUAUUUCACUACUUGUUGGUAGAUUUUUAUCAAGGUACAAUGAGUAAAACUCAGUUGAUAUUAUCGUUUUUAUAAAAAUAAUGGAAUAUGUUUCUUUUAUAUACUGAAACUCAAUUGAUAUUAUACAUAUUUUGUACUGAACAAUAACUGUAUGUUUAUCAGAAUCACUGUAUAAUAGAUAUAAAUAGAAAACACAUUGCUUAACCACAUCUUUAUAUUAUUUCAAUAUCUGCAGUAGAUAUAAGAUUGUAAAAUAGUAAUAUUCUACUGGUGUAGUUUUAUCACUUACAUAUUAGACCAAUGUGUGCAGUAGUUGUUAGAACUAAAUAAAACCCUACGUCUAUUUAACAAAUUUGAUAAAAAGUGGGUUGCUUAUUAGAAAUCUAAGAUACAUAUGGAAAUGUUUAUUUUUUAAGAUACAUAUUUGUUUUUAAAGAUACAUAAUUUCCAAAACUUGGGAUUUGGGCAUUCAAUUCUGGAAAGGUAUUUCAAUAGCUUCAUUAAAAUUAGGGUUUUGAGUUUUUUUUAUUUUGUUAAAUUUCAGAGUUGAUUUUUAAACUCGUACUUACACUGGCUGCACCAUAUCACCUUACGAUGUUUAAUGAUAUAUUUGUGAUUUUUGUUACUGUAAACUCAUUACAUUUUAUUGCAAAGUUAGUUUUAUCCCGUUCUUUAUAGUUGGAUAAUACAUAUUUUUAUUUAGUUGUUUUUAAGAUGUUUACAUAGGGUUUAUGAGAUUUUGUAAUCAUAUUAUUGUUUAGUAGUUUGUUAUUUUCCUUUGUGAAAGCAAAGCUUUUAUCAUCUGCAUUAGCAAAACAAGUUUAAACGUCAUUCAAUUUACCAAACUGAUUUAUUAUGGAUCGAUGUUCUAUUUUUACAUAAUCUUGGAUUUAAUAUGAAAGACCGCCUUUUCGAUACCAGCACUAUUUUACCCAUUUUACAGACCUUUAAAAAAUAUUCAUUUUACUUAUUUUGUAGCCAAUGUUCUAUAUUUAAUCUUCUCUUGGUUCACCACAAACUCUAUACAAACACAAAGGUAUUUGCAUUUGCUUAUCAAAUUUCUUUAUAUUAGAGUACAAAUGAAAAUAACAACAUAAAAUAAGUCAGACAACAAUAUAAUUCAAUACCGAACAUUAAAAUGUGCAGUCAUUGGUAGUCAUUUGCAGCUGAUUUACAUGCAAUAGGGGGGAGUUCCAAUGCAUCAUUAUAAAAAUACUGUGUUUUGUUGUCCGUAUACAAAGAUAUUGGGAUCGAGAGGAUUAAAUUUAGUAUACAAGUAAAGAAGUUAAACAUUUAUCAGUUAAAAAUAUUUCUUUUGUUAAUAAAUCAAGAAAAUCUAUUUUAAUAACGUACAAUAAUGAAAUGUAACUUUUAUCCAAAGUGCUUUCGUUUUUAAGUUAGUAAAUCAGCUUGGAUUUUAAUUUUUUUAAAUAUUGCUCGUAAAUUUCUGAAAUAGUUUAAAAAAAUUGUAAAAAUUAAAAUAAUAUUGGUUGUAAUUUACUUGCAAUUUAAAGAUUAGUAUUAGUGACAAGUAUAAGGUGCUGCUCACAGUAUAAAUUAAUCUUAUACAAUCAGUUUUUAUUUAUAUCAUCUGAAUUUUUGCGCAUUAUGUACGUGCGUGGAAUAUCCGUUUCGUUCAGUCCAAAGGCCCAACAGUUUCACCGAUUUGAACACAGGGUUUUGGUCAGAGGUCGAGACAUUUUAGGCUCUGCUCUAUUUUGAGUUUCCUGAGCCUUUUUGUCAUUAUUUUAUUUACUGAAUAUUUGUACGGAUUGGUUGACAACAACGUAUCCUCAAAACGCACAUCCUACAUGUCCUAUACAGUUCUCCUGCUGUGCUUAGCCAGUUGAAAACCAACUUUCUAGUAAUGAAUCUUACAAAUUCCCAUUUGACUAUCUAUCACGUUCCCUUUUGGUUAAAUUUUUAUACGCUAACCAAAAUUACAAUAUUAUUCGUGGGAGUUGAUAUGGAAACCCUUGUGUUCAAGAACUUUGAAUGUUUUGUUCAGAUUGGGUCUGCUGGCAGUUUCGACUGUUUUAAAACAUUUUUUGAUGAUGUAUAAAUGGUUAAGCUUAAGUAUAUACGAAAAUAAAAUUUGUGGCAAGAGACGCUAAAUCUCGUACUUGAUGUAAAAUUGUUUGGCACGGUUAUGCUUUAGUUUAAUAAAUAUUCCAUUCUCAACAAAAUAUUCUUUUAUAUAAUAUAUAUCUUUUUAAAAACUUAUACUACAAAUUCGCAUUUGAGGUCCUGUAUAGGCAUGUAUGCAUUAAUUACGGAAUAUUCUUCAGAUAAUGUAUCACACAGAUUGCGUUGUCAAAUUAAAUCAAAUUAGUGUAUGCGUACAUAUACAUAUUCAUCUGUCUUGCCUGUUCAUUUAAAUUAUCACAUAAUUGGGGUAAAAAAGCAAAUUUAAUUUAAAUUUUAAAUUUUUUGGUAUAUUUACAUACAGUUAGUUACUUUAUUUGAUUCAGUUUUGUGUUUGAACGCUCUUUGAGUGUAAAAAUGUCAUAAAUACUUCUGCCAAAGUUAUACCUGUAACUACAUCAUCUUUAAUCUAACACAGAAAGAGCAGCGCCUGUAAGUAGUUAACAGUCGUAAAAAUGAAACCCGAAGUGGUUUUUUGAGUCAACACUAAAAUACUUUUUUCUUUUAACUUGAUUGUAUUCAUGGUCUCGAAAUGGGUGAGAAAGUCAAAGCAUAAAGUCGGACAUAGUUUCAAUGUCGUACUGUAACAUUAUUGGAGGUUUGUACAUAUUUCUCUCCCCAAGGCAACUCUCUUGAUGCACUAUCACUAUAACUUUUAAGUUUAAUGGAUUUUAAUUCUAGUCGAAAAUUAAUGAUAGAUGAUAAAAGCGAUUUGGCUCGGAAUUAGGGAGGUUCCUAUACGGUUACCUUCUGGUGUCACUCCUCGUAUGUUAGAGUUAGUCGUUAGUUUAGUCGGGGGUUUUCAGUCGGGUUUUGUCUACUCUCUUGCAGUUUGUAUAUUGUUAUCACUGUUUGUUCGUGUCAUGUUUUUUGCUUAUCUGUAAAUAGUUACGUAAGUUAUGGUAGUGUGACGUAGUGUGUUGACUGACAUGGAUCGCUCGGUUGCUCAAUGUCCUGUACUGUUGUAUAUACAUAUACAUAUAUAUAUAAUUAUGUAGGCUGGGCCCGUAUACUGUAUCUAUAGCGCUUGUAUAUUUUUACUGGGUGUGCUUGUCAUUACUUUUGCAUUACUUUUACACUUUUGAUAUUCUUUGACACAGUGCCUAAAUAGAAGUUUUGGAAUUUGUAUCCUAGUCCGGGUUAAAUACAGUUUUGAUUUUGGUCUAGUGUAACCGACGUGUUAGUGUGUAGAUUUAUAUACAAAUGUCGCUGGCCGUGUUACAGCUGAUGGUGCCCCAAAACCCCAGCUUCAGCUUGGAGUCAGGUGCUAAUAUUUGUGUUUGGUGUCAGGUGACAAUUGCAGCUGUGUGGUUUCUGGCACUAAUUAUCAUAAAUCAAUCGACAACUACUUCGGUAAGAAAAAUAAUGUACUAAUUUCAAAAGGAUUUUAAACGAGCACUCAAUUGUACAUUGUGUUUUGGUUGUGCAGCGAACUGUGGAUAAUUUAAUACAUCUAACUAUCUAUAUUCACUCAAUUUCUGUUAUUAAAUAAAACUCCGUUAUAACGUUUUCCAGCCGAUAACGGCCCUCACCGAUGUUAUAAGCGAGUUGUUCAUUUUUGUACCUGGAAGUGCAGAGCAGCGGAAGACAGAAAUAUUGGUGAUAGUGUACCAAAGUAAAGAAUAUCGCGAUUUUAUGAACAAUAUUCGACUUGAAAUUCCCGUAUUCCCUGUUUAUGUUUAAGCAGUGAAACACAUCUAUUUGAAAACUACAGCUUAUCAUCGGUAGUAGGCAAAUUACCGAAAGCUAAAACGUGUUUGUGUCGUCAUUUGUGUAUAUGGAUAAACUAAUUAACAAUUGUCGUAUUUUUACAAAUAAUAAUUUGCUUGCGUUUUAAAUAUUUAUGCGCAUGCACCGCUAUGAGCUAGCUGACUGCUGGACAGUGGUCUGUUAUUGACAGUCUAUAGGUGUUUAACGUACGUUGUGUAUUAUAAAAAACCAUUCAUAGAAAAUAAAAUCAACAAAUUAUUAUAGUUAUCUAAUGGUAUUAGGUAGCAGUUUAUAUUUAUUGUGUUCAUAUUCGAUUUCUGCUCGUUGGUAACAAACUGACGAUCGCUAAUUUUUCGGUUCCUAUUUAAUAAUAAUGUGUGUGGAUUACGACUGGGAGGUUGGCAGCAGUGGUAGUUUCACAGUAGUUUUCAUUCUGCCACCACCACAUCUCUCACAUGUAGUGUGUUGUACAAAACUAGUGGAAAACAGUGAAUUUUGGGGAUAACCGUCAAAACGUACUAACACUUACUGUAUAAGCGAGAAACCUCGAAUGAGGUAUUUUUUUGCAAUAAAAAGACCCGUUUCUCAUAGGUGAAACGUAAAAAACCGUUAUAGAAAACGUGAAACGCGGGAAACGUUAUAACGUGGUUUCACUUUAGUUUCAUUUUUUUUCUCAUUUUAAUCAGCAGAUUUAAAAAAAAUGCACAUUCUGAUUCUGUAAUUGAUCUUACUUUCUUGAAAAUUACAAAUCGGAUUGUACAUUUAGCUACUUUACAAAUUACAUGAUUUUCAUCGUGAUAUGUUUACUAUUUAACAGUAUUUAUAUUUUUAAUUAAUAACUUGAUAAAAACACUAUACUUGUUAGCACAUUCACUGCGUGCCACAGUUGUAGUGCUCUGUUUAGAAUUCGUGCUGAAUUAUUUAGGUAAAACCCUGAAACUUUUCAUGGUUUUUUCUGAACAGACUAUAAUUAAUUUUUGUAAAUUUUGACACUAUCAGUUGUACCUGGAAAUGUGGAACUACCAUCCAGACAGUGUCAGAUAUACAGAUGCUUUUUUUUAAAUAUCCUGUAACAUAGAUAAGAAAAACUACAUGUGUCCUCGAUUCUUCAUUUUAUAAUUCUACUUUUUGAUUCACCAACAGGUUUCAGCUGUUAUGGCAUGAUCACAGUAGUUAACCUUAAGUAUUUAUAAAUAAAUAAAUAAUAAUUAAAUAAAAACACGAGUACAUGUAGUUAACAUAUUGGAUAUUUUGUACUAUUUCGCAUUGUAUUUAACAUAUUGUUUGGACAUUUCUGGUAAUAUAAAUAUAUAAUAUGUAGUUCUUUCAAAUAUAAUUUAUCACUUUUUGCCUCAAUGUCAAUAAUGUUCAUGUUAUAUUUCGUACUUGUAUAAUUUACUAUGAUUAGUUUGUAAAGAAUGCGCCACAAAUUUUGAACUAAGUUUAACACCUAACUUGCCGAAAUAUGGAUAGUUUCAUCAUAUUAUAAAAUACAUUAAGUAGGAGUGUGCGAAUAGUAAAAUUUUAUAUUGAAUCUAAUAGUAUGAUUUUAAAGCAGAUAAAUGAUUUUCCAGUAAGUAUAAUGUAGCAAGUAUAUUUUGGAAAAUAACCAGGAUGGUGUACGAUAACGCAAUGAAACAUACUGUCAUAAUAUAUUUUUUAAAUAAACUUAAACUGAAAGACUUAAAAGUAAUGGAGUGUGAAAUAACGCAUUUACGACUCAGAAUCUAUGCGACCGCCACGUCUCUCUCACACACACACACGUCACAUGUUAUUCGGUCUUGAAACACGUGCAACACAGAGAGGCAGAAUCCAUCUGUGAUUUAACAGAUUAACAAUACAGACUAACAAUGCAGUUUUUCGUAAACCUUUGGUUUUAUUUUAUAAUAGUAAAUGAACUAUUAUAUUGGAAAUUCACCAUCACAGGGUUGAAAUAAUUGUGAAUAAAUGCUCGUAAUUUUCGUUCCUUCUUCUACGUCACACCUACAUUCUAAACUGCCUAUUAGCUGAUAGUUGUUCAUUUCAAUGUUUUCGAUAUUCGCACACCCUUUCAUAUAAGAUGCCACCAAAAGCUAUUGUCGAUAUCCCAAAGCACAUUACAUUAGUUUAAAAUUCCUGUCGGAUUUUAUUGAAACGAUGUUAAGUUGUUCAAAAUCUGGACGAUUUAAUUGCAUUACAAUUCAGACAGAAACCGUUACUAUAAUCGCAAUAAGCUGAAACCGAAGUGUUAACUCUCUCAUCUUACAGCAAGACUUGCUCGGUUAAGGCACCAGUAGGCAACAUCUGUUUGUUAUAAUUAAUUGUGAUAUAAUUUUCUUCAUUGCAUAAUAUAGAUUUUAGUUGUGUUGAUUAACAUAGUAUGGCAAUAAUAAAUUAUUUGUUGGAGUCCUACAUCGGAGCAAUGGCAGGUCACAAACUCCGAUCUCCGGUACAGUGGUUCAUGGAUAAUUCAAACUUUCCUCUCGGUUAAUUGGAAAUUUUUGUAUCAAUCGAACACUGUAACUCUCCUCACAAUAUACGAGGGAGCUGUCGGAGGGAGCUGUCGUUAGCACGGAUGCAGGCUGAGCCACUGUUUGCAAUAUCCAUGUUCCACUGUAUUCAUUUGUAUAAUUUUCUCACUCCUGGCGAUAAAUUUGUUUCACCUACACAUUUUUAUCGUGUGGUAAUGUUGAGAUUUCUCUACUACAUAUUGUUCCCAUAAUUUCAUUUUACUCUGUCCGUGUACUAAACUUUAUACAUUUUUCUAUAUGAAUGUUCAGCAUUUUAUUUUGAGUUGAACACUUUUGACAUGUAUGAAGUAUGUGACCUCAUGGUUGUCAGCUGGCCAUUGCCGAUGUAUGUAAAUAUUUUAUGUACAAUUCACAAUAUUCCAGUCUCCAGAAGGGACUCUGUUGUACAAUUGAACAAUCAGUUUCUUUGAGUUGGUCUCAUGAUUCUAGUUAAGUUGACUUUUUCUACAAAUUAGGGAAGAGGUUUGGGUUUAUUAUAGUUAGAGUUAAGAGCAUUUUCUUGUGUAUUCUUAUUAUUAUUUUUAACGUGUGUUUAUAUAAUAUUUUUGCGAGUAAGUGUUAAGGAUAGUCAGUCAUAUUAAUAAUCUAGUUAAGAUUUUAAAAAACCACAAAAAAUAAUAAAAACUAAAAAACCAAA